AUGGCGCGGCAUUCGGCCCAGUCGUAUGACAACAUCGGCGAGCUGCUGGACGACACCCCCAAGCUGAGCAUCCUGAAGGCGGCGCUGGAGGCGGCGGGCCUGGAUGAGCUGGCCAGCGACGAUGCGCUGGAGGCUACGCUGUUUGCGCCCACCGACAAAGCCUUUGCGGACGCCAUCACCGCCCUGAACCUCACCGCCGAGGAGGUGCUGGGCGACAAGGACCUGCUGACCACGGUGUUGUCGUACCACGUGAUCCCAGGCGUCGCCGUGGAGGCCGCCGCACUGGAGGAGGGCCAGAUCCUGCAGACGAUCCUGGAGGGCGCCGCCGGCCAGCUCAAGUACUACACCUUCAAGGGCCUGCCCCGCCUGCGCACCACCGCCGACCAGGUGGCGCGCAUCACCGAGACCGACAUCUCCGCCGGCAAGGCAAUCGUGCACCUGAUCGAUGCGGUUCUCAUCCCUGGUGAUGAGUUCUUCUCUGCCCCCGCUCCUGGCCCCAGCCCGUGA